AUGUUGCAAUAAUACAAUUCAUUAGUAGUGGAUGCCAGUUUCAUUAAUAAGAACUUUGUCUAGGUCAGUGUAAUUGGAAAAGGCCUUGAUUUCUAUCUAGGAAUCAGCUCAAUCAGUUACUUGAUGCACCAUAAAAAAGAACAAGGCAGAUACAUCUUACAAACCUAUGAAAAUUUAGGACAUGAUCUUUUCAGAACCAAAGUUGGGCAACUACAGAAAGCUAUGUUAGAAUGUGUUAAUGAUGUCAACACAAGAAUUAUCCUAUUAGCUGAGAAAUAGUUGAAUGAUAAAUAGUCUGAUUUGCUAGUCCUUUACCAAUUGAAUGAACUCAAUAAGAGAUUAGAUCAACAGGAAUAACUAAACCCGCAAUAAGCAGAACAGCUCUUGAUUACUUUCUGCUAAAAUCUUCUCAUCACAGGUCGUGUAACUUAUGAAUUUUUAGACCUGGCUCCUUAGAAUAUCUACGUCGAAGAGAAUCGUUUCGUUAUAUCAAACAUGGGAAUCUCCUAUAAAGGGUCUAAAUUUCAUAGACCUUAUACUCCAAUCACAGAUAACUUCUAUAAAGAGAAAACUCUAAAACAUAUGAUGCACACAUAUUCCUUUUAAGCUGGUUUAGUUGUCUUGUGUGCUAUUACUAAAAUAAACUCGGCAGAAUUCUUUUUCGAAGAUGGUUAAUUGAAAUCUAACUUAUUAUAAGAUGUUUUGAAAUUGUUUAAGGAAAAUUAGCCAGAUUUAGAGAAAUAGAAGAUAAAGUUGAAGAAGUAGUUUGCAUCUUUGGCUAAAGUAGAAAAGCCAUUUGACGCUAAUAUUUCAAAGAUCAUCCCCUUUCUAUCUCUCAUACUCUCUUUAGAUCAAUAAAAAAGAUCUAUAUUUUCAUUACUAAUAUGUCAUCCAGAGAAUCCACUUAAAGUAGAGAAUCCAUUUUUCUAAUAAGCAUUAGAUGUUGAAUAACAAUAUGUGGGAUUUGGAAAAUUGGAUGGUGUUAAAAUAGUACCUCAUGGAUAUGGACAUGGAAAGUUUGGUAAAGAGUAUCAUUACGGAAUGUUCUCAAAUGGAGUCUUAACUGAUGAUGGUACGAUUGAGAUUAGAGUGCAGAACAGCAUUAUUUAUAUACUAAAAAAUCUGAUAAUCUCUUAAAAAUAUCAGAAUGCAGUUGCAGAGCUUAAUAAGCAUAUAUUUUGGGGGGAAUUUGAUAACAAAUCAUAUAAACCUAAUGGGUAAUGUUUAUUGCUUUAUGAAAUUAAUACUUAAAAGCAUCUGAAUAAAAAAAGAUAGUCAAGUUAUUUUGAAGGAAUAUUAAAAUAGGGAAUUAAAUAGGAUGGUCAGGAAUUUUUAAAAAAUAAAACAGAAUUUGAUGGAACCUACUUAAAUAAUUAGCCUGCAGAAGGUAAAAUAGUUUAUGGACCAAAACAUGUUUUUGAUGGAAUCAUCUAAAAUUACUAAAGAGUUAAAGGUAUCUUGGUAUACAAGAAUCAAGUUUUUACUGGUGAGUUUGAAAAAGAUCGAGUAAAGGAAGGAGUUAUCAAUUAUUCUGAUGGCAGUGAAUAUGAGGGUCAACUAAAGGAUGGAUUGAAAUGUUCUUAGGAAGGUAAAUUUAGAUUUUGGAAUCAUAAAAUAGAGUAUUCUGGAGGAUUCUUGGAUGAUGAAUUCCAUGGUAAAGGGAUGUUGACUAUCUUGUAGAAUAAUGAAUAAUUGGAAGUGGAGUAUAAUAAGGGGAAAUGUUUAACUGAGAUUCCUGAGGCGUUUAAGUAGUUAAUGUAGAAGAAAUAAAUGUAAGAGGUCAAAAAAUAGAGUGAUGGUAAGAAAAAGGAUCAACAGUAGAAGGAAGAUGAGGAUGAUGGAGGAAUAGAGGAGGAUAUUUAAGAUGAUGUCCAACAGGAUGAUAAUGAUUUUAAUGAGGAGGAGGGUUGA